GAAGAUAGGAAGAUCAAAACUCUGCCCUUCUCCAAUGGCCUUUUUCGUCACGGAAUCAACUUCAUUGAGAAUGGUCGAUUUGGUUGAAAUGAUAUGCUGAAAUCAAACUGACAGCAACUUCUUUGAGCUAAGGACCAAAGCUAGAGAUAUGGCAGUGAUCUACCACCAAUUAGCAGUGAACUACGGAGAGACAAGGAUUCACUGAGUUUGUAGCUCUAUAAUCAAACACAAAAAUCUCAGCCCAAGGGUAAUAUCUAUACCAAGAACAAACAUGUUAGUAUGUUACUUCUUGUGCAAUUAAUGUCAUCAAUUUUGACGGUUCUUUAGCUUCAUUGUGAUGAUACCGUUUUUUCUUUCUUUCUUUCUUGCAUUCGAUCUCUUAUGCAUGGUGUGUCCAUUCUUCAUAUCUAGAAACACGAAAAGUAAGAAACAGAUGUCAAAACUCAGCCCCUGGUUUUAAUCCAAAAAAUGUAUUCCGCUACCGGGUUUUGAACCCGGAUUCGCAAUUGACUUACAAUUGAAAUUAACCAGUGUGCUACAGCGGAUCUGUUGGCAAUUUCUCCAGUUAGGUGAAUAAAAUCAAUAUAUCAUAAUAUGUUAUUCCCACUGGUUUUCAUCAAUAAGAAAUUAAUCUAAUGCUUCUUCAAAAAAAAAAAGUUUAAUCAACAACGUCAUAUUGCAUGCGUCAUGCUGAGGAGUGAAGGCCUCAAUAAUGGAGAUCAGUGGUAGGUUAUGGCGGCAGCAUAAUAACAAAUGGUUUUCCCUUCCUCACCGUUAGAUUCCAUCUCGAAGAUAAGAUCAACCAAAACUAUAAUAGUACUGUCAAUUUGUUAUUAAAGUGAUUCUAACGUCAGGACUGAUUUUUUCUUAUUGGUUGAUACAUUUUAACCAUGCCAAUGCAUUAGCAUUUUACAAAUAAAAACAUUAUUGUAAAUCAUGAGAGUAGAGGUAGAAAAAAGAUUCACCUCUCAACCCUGACUAUAAUUAUCCACUUUCAGUUCUUUUCUUUUGUUGUUGUAUGAGCACUCUUAGCACCGACGACUCCAAGAAGACAAAACAAUAAUUAAAAACAUGAGUGACCCGAGCCAAUCUUCAUCAACAACAACUGGAGCUGGAGACAAGAGCGGCGGCGGUAAUGGCGGUGGAGGUGGUGGAAGUGGUGGCUCGUUUGCUAGUCAGCCGCAGAGAGCAAAGGUGAGGAAGCAAGUGUGGGCCGGAGUUCUCAGCAUCUCUUCCGCCUCCACUAACAAAUAAUAUUAUAUUUUUCUUUUUAACCUUUGACAAAAAUGUGCAAGUGAAAUGGUGGUGAUGACUAUGCUUUUGAUCAUUGUUCUUGUCAAGUUAACGGUCUCUAAAUAAGCUAGCGAGAUCAUGAACAUCAUCGUCAUUGUAAUGAGAUUCUGUAUAUAUUGUUUCAACUUCUGCAAUGAAUAGUCUUUUAUUUACAAUGAA